GAUGAUGUUAUAUCAGUAUAGUGGAAUUGUGUUUCACAUGAGUUGUAUUCCACAAGUGCAUGAAUUCCUGCUAUGUCCCAAAGUUAAGAGGGAAACUGUAUAUUAAAAAAGAAAAAGGAAAGGAAAGCUUUUUCAUUGAUGGCUUAAGAAACAGUGAAGUGAAAGAGGUGGCGAAGAAAAAGAAAAGCAAAGCAAAAGAAGAACACAAUCACGCACUCAGCUUCACAAUAAAACUGAAUCAAUCUCUGUUCUCUGGUUAUUCUCAGUCAUCCACAUGGGUCGCUGGCUUCUCUUUCUCAUCAUUCUCAGCCUUGUCGCAUUAACUUUCCUCUCAGAGGUACAAUCGGCAUCCUUCAAGAUUGUCAACAAGUGUCGCCACACGAUAUGGCCGGGAUUACUCUCCGGCGCCACCUCGCCUCCGCUUCCCACCACCGGAUUCGCCCUCCUGAGCGGAGAAUCGAAGACGUUAAAAAUCCCGAAAUCUUGGUCUGGUCGGAUAUGGGCACGGACCCUCUGCGGUCAAGACUCGGACGGAAAGUUCUCUUGCGGCACCGCCGACUGCGGCUCCGGCAAAGUAGAGUGCGUCGGCGGUGCCAAGCCGCCGGCGACAUUGGCAGAGCUCACCCUGAACGGCGCAGACGGGCUGGACUUCUACGACGUGAGUUUGGUCGACGGUUACAACCUUCCGAUGCUGAUCGUGGCGAAGGACGGCACCAGGGGCGGGUGCAGCCCCACGGGGUGUCUCGUCGACCUCAACGGCGGGUGUCCGGCGGAGCUAAGGGUGUCACGCGUGAACGGCAGCCACAAGAGCGUGGCGUGCCGGAGCGCGUGCGAGGCCUUCGGUGAUCCUAGUUUUUGCUGCAGCGGCGCGUACGCGACGCCUGACACGUGUGGUCCCUCUCCUUAUUCGCUGUUCUUCAAGCACGCAUGCCCACGCGCGUAUAGCUACGCGUAUGAUGACAAGACGAGCACCUACACAUGUGCCUCCGCGAACUAUUUGAUCAUUUUCUGCCCCUUGCCCUACACCAGCCAGAAAGUUUUGGGAGCACGAAAAGAUGGAGCACAACUUCCUCUGGUAAACAAAACUAUGAUGUACUUAUCAAGGCUUCAGUCAAGUGGUUCUUCGCCAUUAGUUGUGGUUCAAACGCAGAGCAUAGCUUAUGUUGCCUCUGUUUUAGUGGCUCUGUUCCUGUUCUGCCCUCUCUAACACCAUUUAUGGACAUUUCAGAUAGAUAUCAUAUAGGAAAACACUGUAAAUCCUUGUUCUUUUUGUUUAUAUUGUCUCUUUUUUCUCACUUUUAAUACAUCAACACUGCAGUAGUUGAUCUCGGCGAUCCUUCACUUCUUAUUUUAUGAACAUGGAGGCAUUACCAAUUUGCAAAGUACUCUGCGAUAGAUAGAUUGUAACGAGUGCAACAGUGUGUACAUGAGAAUAGGCAUAUCAAGCAAUCGCUAUGAAGCUUCGUGCACAAUUUUGGUUU